AUGAGUGAUCCCUCCCAGACUCCACAUGAAUAUUAUCAGGAAGGUGAUGUCACCAUUGGUGGGAUGACCUCUCAACUUUUCUCCUAUGUUGAAUCCUUAUUGUUUGAACGGCACCCACAGUCAAAUCUGAUUGAUGAAAAUGUUGCAACACCAAAGAACUACCAGCAUCUUCUCGCCUUGGUGUUUGCUGUGAAGGAGGUCAAUGACCACCUCAAGAUCUCGCCAAACAUCAGCCUCGGGUUCCACAUCUAUGACAGCUAUGUCAAUGCAAAGUUGACUUACCUAAACACCUUGAACUUCCUCAGCCUUUCAGAAAGGCUUGUUCCCAACUACAGCUGUGACAUCCGAAGGAACCUGAUAGCUGUCAUUGGAGGACUUAAUUCUGAAACCUCUUUUUUCAUAAACAAUAUAUUAAGCAACUACAAGAUUCCACAGAUGAUCCCCAAAGAAGACUAUCAAUACCGAGGGAUUGUCCAUCUUCUUCUCCAUUUCCAGUGGACAUGGGUUGGGAUCAUUGCAUUGGAUGAUGAUCAAGGAGACAAAUUUGUCCAGAUGCUGAUGCCUCUGCUGUCCCAGAAUGGCAUCUGUUCUGCCUUCAUUGCUCAGAUACACAAAUUGGAUUCCUCUGAUGACGUGUCAAACUUUUUCUUCAUGCCAGAGCCCCAAAAGAGAUUGAUGCUUUUUCUAGCAAAGACUAAUGCCAAUGUAGUUGUCAUAAAGGCAGAUACCCUUACAGUGUUAUUUUUGAAAUGGGUUCUACAUAGUGCUGCAGGGGAAAAUGUGAUAGAGACUACCAUGGGUAAGGUGUGGAUUAUAACAGCUCAGUGGGAUUUCUCAUCACAGACUUUUUAUAGGACUUUUAAUGUGAAAACCUUCCAUGGGGCUUUAUCCUUUGCAGUUAAGUCCAAUGAAGUUUUGGGGUUCCAAGAUUUCAUUUGCAAUGUAAAUUCCCACUGGCCAGAAGGUGAUGGCUUUAUCAGGAUUUUCUGGCAGCAGGCUUUUAACUGUUUCCAGUCAGAUUCCAAAGAAGAUGAAGAUAAUCCAUACAGAUGCACUGGGGAGGAGAAGGUGGAAAGCCUUCCAGGUCCUCUGUUUGAAAUGAGGAUGACUGCCCAAAGCUACUGCAUUUACAAUGCUGUUCAUGCUGUAGCACGUGCCCUUGAUGCCAUGAAUUCAGCUAGGCAGAAAUACAGGGCAAUGGUGAGGAAAGAAGAAAACCUGGAGCCACUUCACCUUCAACCUUGGCAACUUUACCCUUUUCUCAGAAGUGUCUCAUUUAACAACAGUGUUGGGGAUUCCAUUCAUUUUAAUGAGAAAGGAGAAUUGGAAACAGGAUUUGACAUUAUCAACUGGGUGACUUUCCCAAACCAAAGCUUGCUAAGAGUGAAGGUAGGAAAGAUGGAUCCACAGGCUUCACUGGACCAACAGUUUACCAUUGACGAGGAGCUCAUUACCUGGCAAACGGCGUUCAAUCAGGUAUUGCCUCUCUCUGUGUGCAAUGGCUACUGCCAUCCAGGUUACAGCAGAAAGAAGAUGGAGGGGGAGCCAUUUUGUUGCUAUAUUUGUGAUCCAUGUCCAGAAGGGAAGAUUUCAGACAAGAAGGAUAUGGAUGACUGUGUCGAAUGUCUAGCUAAGGAGUACCCAAACAAGCACCAUGAUCAAUGUCUUCUUAAACUUCUAAACUUCCUGUCUUAUGAUGAGCCUUUGGGGAUCACUUUAGCUGUUCUGGCUGUGUCUUUUUCUCUGCUCACAGCUUUGGUUCUUGGACUCUUCGUCAAACGCCAGAACACUCUGAUUUUCAAAGCCAACAAUCGGGACCUCACCUACUCUCUCCUCAUCUCCCUCUUCUUCUGCUUCCUCUGCUCCUUGCUGUUCAUUGGCCAGCCUCAGACUCUGACCUGCCUUCUUCGUCAAACAUCUUUCAGCAUCGUCUUCUCAGUGGCUGUUUCUUCCUUAUUGGCGAAAACCAUCACUGUGGUUCUGGCUUUCAUGGCCACUAAGCCAGGAAGCCAGAUAAGAAAGUGGGUGGGGAAAAGACUGGCAUAUGCAGUUGUUGUUCUCUGUUCCGCUAUUCAAACAGGAAUUUGCAGUCUGUGGCUCUAUAUAGCUCCUCCAUUCCCAGAUGUGAACACAUAUUCUAUAACUACUGAAAUGGUCGCUCAAUGUAAUGAAGGAUCAGUCAUUGCAUUCUACUGUGUUCUGGGCUACUUGGGAUUCUUGGCUAGUGUUACCUUUAUGGUGGCUUUUUUUGCUCGCAAGCUGCCUAACACAUUCAAUGAAGCCAAGUUCAUCACUUUCAGCAUGUUGGUGUUUUGCAGUGUUUGGGUGUCCUUUGUGCCAACGUAUCUGAGUACGAAGGGGAAACAUAUGGUAGCUGUGGAGAUCUUCUCCAUCUUGAGUUCCAGUGCUGGUUUAUUGGGUUGCAUCUUUGCCCCCAAAUGUUAUAUUAUUCUUCUGAGGCCUGAGUUGAACAGCAAGGAUCACCUAUCCAUAAAAAAGAAGUCGAUAUUUUAG